AUGUCAAGAGCACAAUCAACGGACCAAACCGAAGGUCAAGAUGAAAUGCUGCACCGAGUAACGGAUAUGCUAUUAAGUCUAGAAACUACCAGUAAAACACCGAUAUCAGUUCUGCAAGAAAUAAUGAUGCUUAAGAAAAUACCAUUACCCAUAUAUGAGCUAAUAAUCGCAGAAGAUGGAACGCACGACAAUACCUUUGUGUACAGAGUGUCUUGUGAUAACAAGGUAGCCAUCGGAAAAGGAAGCUCAAAGAAAGAAGCUAAACAAAGAGCUGCAAAUUCAAUGCUGUUAGAAAUUGCCCAACGGGACUUGAAAUUACCAAUAAGCAUAGACAAACCUUCCGUUUCUACAUCAACCACUAUGUAUGAGUCUACACCAGAACCACAAGACGAGCAUUUUGGGGACGCAGUCAAUGACUUGGAUACCCUGUGUCUUGACAAUAAUAUAUGUAUACCGGAAUAUCAAAUAAUCCGCGAGGAAGAAUUUCCAAACAAUUUUGUUUGUCAGUGCAAGAUAAAUAUUCCCGAAGAAAUGGGUAACGCAGAAACCGAACAGCAAGCCAAACAAAUUGCAGCAGAAAGAAUGUUAAAUAAAUUAAAGAGUUUAACAACCACAUCAGUUCAUGAGAAGGAUUCUCGCCAAAACACUCCGAAACCUAUACGAACAAUAAGCG